CCACCCCUUUAGUUCUAUUUUCUGCCGCGCCUCCACACGUUCAUAUCAAAUUUGCCGAUUUCCAUCCAAAGAAGAUCAUUUAGCCCAAAUCAGAGCCUUGCAAAAGAGCCUCAACCUUAUCUGGAUUUGGCCUACGUGUUUGAAUCAAGUGGCCUGAAACGCCACACCCAUUUCCAAGCAGCCACUUAUCGUCUGACCCCACCGGGUAACUUGGAGUCCAUUAACCUUGAAAAACUCUGCCCUAUCACCAAGCUUUUAUUCUCAAGGCUGGAGUUUCGCAAUGACUCAAUGUGUAGCUUGCCAUCAGCCACUUGAAGUCGAAAUAGAGCUCUCUGACGAUGAUGAGAAUGUGCAAAUGAGCGAGUCCAGCAUUGGUCCGACCAGGCGUACAGUCCCAGAUGAUGUCUACUUGUACUGUGGCUGCCACUUCCAUUGGCAAUGUCUGUUGGACUCAUAUCAAUUGAAUGACUGUCCAAACUGUCACAAGACGCUAAUCACUACUAAUGACAGUAACGAGCAACGGCUUCUGUGCAAUCUAAGCAACGAGGGCGGACUGCAAGAGAACUUGGACAUAUUACCGCUGUUGACUGAAGAGAGCUAUCUGAGGGCCUACCCAGAGGAACGAAAAGCGCGCGCAUUCUUAGAGUUCUGCCGCGAGGGCGAUCUCCAGGCCAUCGUUGACAUGCUACGUCCCGAUUCGGAUGAUGAAGACCAAGACCAAGUCCAUAACCUUGACUUUCUGUGGUAUCAAGAUCCAAUAGGUGAUAUGCAGUCUGGCCUUCAUGCGGCUGUGUCUGGUGGUAGUCGAGAGGUGGCGUGGUUACUUCUAUUGUUGGCCUCGAACUUAGAUAUGACACAGUUCCCUCCCGAAGUGCUUCAGGAAGCAUCUCUGCUUGGCAUCACGAGAUGUGACAUGAAUGGCAAAGUUGAUAUCAGAACUAUGAGAGAUGCCCAAGGGUACACGGCAGAGGAGCUGGCCCAAAAGCUGGGUGGCGUGUGGCACGGUUGGGCGGGCACCGGGAGGCUUGCUGUGUCGUGAGAUUAGAAGGGUGAUAAUGUCUGCCAAGAAGAUUUUCUGGGAGUCAACAACGGGAAAGCUAAUUGUGCGAUAAAUUAUGUCAAAUACUGGGAAAAUCGGGACUACUUUCGAUGUAAAAAGUGGGCCGGUGAAUUGACGAUUUAUAAAUUUCCACCUGGCCGAGAACUUCAACAUUCG